UGUCUGCGUCGGGACGGGGGCACGGAACUGCUGUAGGGUCGACGAAUAAUUGGAGAUGAAAGGGAUAGAUGGCUAUUAAACAGUGGUUUUAGAAUUGUAGUGGUAAACUGGCAACAGUACAAUCAUCUGUAGCCUUAUUUUAAAGCAAAUAGUACAUGAGGACUCGCGAAGGAAGUGCUUCGCAGAAACGUAGUAAAUGUAGGGAGAGUUGGGGAGGGCUGUAGCUGCUGGUGUGUUUUUUUUUUUGGAGAGGGAAAACAACAUGGCUGCGGUGGAGCUCGAAUGGAUCCCAGAAACACUGUACAACACCGCUAUCUCGGCUGUGGUGGACAACUACAGCCGAUCGAGAAGGGACAUACGGUCGCUCCCAGAAAAUAUACAAUUCGAUGUCUAUUAUAAGCUUUACCAACAGGGCCGGCUCUGCCAGUUAGGAGGAGAGUUCUGUGAACUUGAGGUGUUUGCUAAAGUACUGCGGGCUUCAGACAAAAGACACCUACUGCACCACUGCUUUCAAGCACUAAUGGACCAUGGUGUGAAAGUGGCCUCAGUUCUGGCAAACUCCUUCAGCCGCCGCUGUUCCUACAUCGCGGAGUCUGAUGCCCAUGUCAAAGAGAAGGCCAUCCAGUUUGGCUUUGUGUUAGGUGGCUUUUUGUCUGAUGCAGGCUGGUAUGGCGAUGCAGAGAAAGUGUUUCUGUCGUGCCUGCAGCUGUGCACGCUCCACAGUGAGGUCCUCCACUGCUACAGGGCUGUGGAAUGCUGUGUCAGGCUGCUUCAUGUCCGCAAUGGCAAUUGUAAGUACCAUUUGGGGGAGGAGACUUUCAAGCUUGCUCAGUCUUACAUGGACAAACUAGCCAAACAUGGCCACCAGGCCAACAAGGCAGCAUUGUACGGCGAGCUUUGUGCCUUGCUCUUCGCCAAAAGUCACUAUGAUGAGGCAUACAGGUGGUGUAUAGAGGCUAUGAAAGAAAUUACUCCAGGGCUGCCUGUCAAAGUAGUGGUUGAUGUCCUCCGGCAAGCCUCUAAGGCCUGCGUGGUAAAGAGAGAAUUCAGAAAAGCAGAGCAGCUGAUCAAACAUGCAGUGUUUCUUGCAAGAGAACAUUUUGGACACAAGCAUCCCAAGUACUCCGACACGCUGCUAGAUUAUGGAUUUUACUUAUUAAAUGUAGACAACAUAUGCCAAUCCGUUGCUAUUUACCAGACAGCGCUAGACAUCCGGCAGUCUGUGUUCGGGGGCAAGAAUAUUCAUGUUGCCACAGCCCAUGAAGACCUGGCCUACUCCUCAUAUGUACACCAGUAUAGCUCUGGGAAAUUUGACAAUGCUCUAUUCCAUGCAGAACGUGCCAUAGACAUCAUAACACACAUUCUGCCUGAGGACCAUCUGCUGCUGGCCUCCUCCAAGAGAGUCAAAGCUCUGAUUUUGGAGGAAAUUGCCAUUGACUGUCACAAUAAAGAGACAGAAGAGCGCCUUCUUCAAGAGGCACAUGACCUUCAUCUUUCCUCACUGCAGCUGGCCAAGAAGGCCUUCGGAGAGUUCAACGUCCAGACAGCCAAACACUAUGGCAACCUAGGAAGACUCUACCAGUCCAUGAGGAAGUUCAAGGAGGCAGAGGAGAUGCACGUCAAAGCCAUCCAGAUCAAAGAGCAGCUUCUGGGUCAUGAGGACUAUGAGGUGGCUCUGUCUGUAGGUCACCUGGCCUCCCUCUACAACUAUGACAUGAACCAGUAUGAAGACGCAGAGAGACUCUACCUACGCUCCAUCGCUAUUGGUAAGAAGCUGUUUGGAGAGGGUUACAGUGGGCUGGAGUACGACUACAGAGGCCUGAUCAAACUCUACAACUCAGUGGGAAACUACGAGAAGGUAUUUGAAUACCACAAUGUGCUGUCCAACUGGAACCGACUGAGGGACCGGCAGUUUGCCGUUGCAGAUGCCCUGGAGGAUGUCAACACUACACCCCAGCAGACCCAGGAGGUGGUGCAAGCUUUCCUAUUGGCUCAGAGCCUGGGCCCCACCCGCCCCUGUCUCGGCUGAUUUCAUGAGGGAAGAGAUUAAAAAAAGACAGGCAGGCUUUUGCCUGGUGAGGACACAUACUAAGCCCAACUGUGAUGCACACAGUUAAUUAGUAAAUUCAAGUAUCACCGGUGAGUCAGUUGGCUUCAUAGUCACUGCAGCUGCCAGUACACACAGACAUACACACACUUUUAGUUGUGGAAAAAAAACGUAGAGAAGACACUAUUAUCAAACCUCAUUGACAUUCACACAAACCACCAAGAUGCAACUGGAGACUGGAUGCAGCUUCACCCCACAAAGCAGACUUUUGCAUUUCUCCAAGAGAAAGAGGACACACAACCGGGGGGGGGGGGUAAAAAAACAACCUCAAACAUCCUGUAAGGAUGACAAAUGACCUCUCCUCUUCUCUUGUCUUGCUCGCCUUUUUCUUUUCAAUUUGGAAUUGGAGGAGAUUUUUGCUUUUUGUAUUUGAACCAGUGUAGCUCUGAAUGCCAUGAGACUCAUCACAGAUAAAAACCAUGUUCUCCAGGGCUAUACAUGACAGUAUCUGGACCCAUACACGUGUGAAAAACUUGUUUCAGCCUUCAUCCAGCAACAUCAUCACAUGGUGGAUCAGAGAUGGAAAAUGUCAGAUAUUUUUGACACUUGUACAGUAAAAUAAUACAGCAGAUUGUAAAUUUAAGUUUGAACUGAAGGCUCCCUGGUUUUUUGUUUUUUUUUUCUUUGUGAAGAAAUGAAAGUGGACCCUAAGAGAACUCCUGUUUUAAACUGCUUGGUGGUGAGAGAUUACAAACAGUGGAAUGUGUUCAACCAGUGGGUAUAUUGUUACACACAUAAUAGGCUUCACAGGUCCUGUUUUCAAUUUAUUUUAUCUCUUUUUCCAGCUUAGUCCUGACUUUGAAAAAUUAAAAUGCCAAUAAUUUAUAUGCAAAAGUGUAUGUUUAUGUAGCCCUUUGUUAAUGCUUUUCUUACUGAGUUAGCUAUGAGUUCUGAAGAAACACCUCAAACUAUCACUUUCAAACAAGGGACUUGGACAGGAGUGAAAAGAGGAAGAUGCUGCAUGUACAGAGGCUUCUAAGCCUCCCCUUAUUUGUUAAUCUUAAGGUGUGGCUUCAUGAUUGAGUGUGUACGUGUGUGUCAGUAUAAACAGAUAGAACUCUUGGUGCCCAAGUGCUCCACUGAUGAUUACCAGCCUUACACCACCUUGCAGUUAUCUGUCUGUAGACGGACCCAUACUUCUAAGUGCUUAAUAAACUAUUAUACCCUUAAGGGCACUACAAUGGGGACCAACAUUGCGUGUGUGUGUGCGUGCAUGUGCACUGUUUACCUGUGCAUCUGACCUCUCCAUUCCUUCCUGUCAGAUAUCCCAUUAAUGCAAAGUUCCAGAUAUUUUUUUUUAACUGGACCAUGUUUUUCCACCAUACUUACUGGUUAUUUCCAAAAUUCCAUCAGUUUAAUCACCAUAGAGCUUAACUCUCCUGAGGAUGCUGGUCUUUAAUCAUAAUGAAUCAGUGGGAAUAAUAACCAUGAACACAAUAACUUUUUCAGUCUAUGUCAGUGAAAGGAAAUUAAUCUGUCCUUGCGGACAACUGCUGGUCUACAUGGAGCACUAACAGGAUCAGAUCACUGAAAUUAUAUUAAAAAAAAAAAAAAAAAUUAAAAACAAAAUGUAUCUCGCAUACAGUGCAGUUCCCAACCAUAUUUGCUUGUUACUGUAGUUAACUGUCAGUUAGUCAAUUGUAGAUUUUUUUUGAGGUACAACCAUACAGUAUUUCAAAAGGUGAACAUAAUGUGUAUAGUAGAUUUGUGUUCUUCUUGUCAUGGUUAUGAACUUGCAACCUCUAGUGGGGUCCAGACUCAGGUUGGGCACAACUGCAACUGUAUCUGACCUUGCAGAUAGUUUUGGUGGAAUCAUUCCAAGUUCCUCUGAAAGUCCCUGGGAAAACUAAAGUUUGGGGCCCCACUUGACACUUUGAAGGAAAUGUUGCUGUUGCCUCUUUUGUCAUUUGUCAAUUCUACUAAUGAAAUCCUGUACACUUCGAUUGUGUUGAGGUGGAGACAGAAAUGUCAGAGAUGGUUAUCUCUGAACUGGGUUAAAGGGACAGUUCAGAUUUUGGGUUGUAUGGGGUACUUAUCCAUCGACAGUUUAUUACAUACAAUAGUUGUCAGUCCGCAUGCCCCCAGUUUGGAGAAGCAGGCUGUAGUCUGACACACAAACUAAGCUAUCUACUGCGGUGGAGGAGUCAGCAACAAAAUGUAUGUUAGCCAUCAUAUGAAGUCCCCCUAAAACAAUAUCAGUUUAAGUGUACACAAUAUUCAGAGUAUUUUCAUUGCUUUACCUUAAUGUCAGACAGUGACUUCCAAUGGGAAAAUGAAGUUAUAUUUCUCUCUUCAAAGCCAGACUCCAUUGAGAAAAGGUUAUUUAACAUUGCUGAACACAGGAGCUGCUGGUCUACCUUUACCAGUUAGUUUGUGUUAUCAUGUGACUUGGGCAUUUAAAGGGGUUAGCUCAGAUUCACCAAAGUCACACAAUAACACAAACUGACCAACUGAAUGCUGUAGCUGUAGACCAGCAGCUCCUGUGUUCAGCGACCUAAAAUUACAGUUUUUCUCAAUGGAGUCUGGUGGCUUUGACAAGAGCACAGAUGGGGAACUGAAGCCAUUAACAGCUUCCCAUCGGAACAUGCUGUCUGACUUAAAGAUACAAUAGUGAAAAUACUCUCAAUAUACAGACUUAAACUGAUAUUGAUUGUUUUAGGUGGGACCUUUUUAAGGUGGCUAAAUGUGUUCUGUUGCUGACCCCUCAACAGCAGUACAUUGUUCAGCUUCCAUGUCAGACUUCAGCCUGUUUGUCCAAACUGGAGGCGUGCCGACUGACAUCAGUUGUAUGUAAUACACUAACUAUGCAAAAGUACCCCACACUACCCCAUUCAAAAAAAUCCAAACUAUAUCUUUAAUCAAACCAAAACUAUCUGCAUGCCUACAUAUCAAUUAGAGGUAAGUGAGAAAUAGGUACGGGUGAACGGACCCUGUAAGUAAUGCAAAAUCAUAGUCAUAGUUGUGUGGUCAUGGAUUAAUUAAGAUGAGCACGACAUUUGUAGCUCUGUAGAGAAAUAACUGAUGAGCUUUUUUGGAAAAAGUGAAAAUAAAGUCGAGCUUUAACAUAAAUUUAGCCAUUUAUAUCUGCAACAUUACUGAAAAUGUGAUGCCUUCAAUAAGUACCCCACUGUAAUUUUUUAAGUGAAUGAAGAAAACAAGCUUUGCCUUGCUGUUGCUUAAGUGCUGCCGGACGUCUCUGUCUCUCGCAGUGAUGUCAGUGGCUCUAGCUGAGGUGGUCCUGCCUUAGCCCCCUUAAAGGACACUCAGCUACACUCUCAGUGCAUAGGCUUCAAGAAGCGUACUCUCCCUCUGGGCACAGGUGGAAAUGAAUGUUACCUGCAGUAGGUAUUUCCAAGCAGUUCUAUACAGAUUACAAAUGAAAUUUGGAAAAUUUACAGAAAAAAACAGUAGAGUUGGGCUUGUGACAAAUAGUCAAUACAUACAUUCUUGUCCUACAAAGUCAGCAACUGCAAAAAUACAAUAGAAAAAUCUCCCCACAAAUACUCAUAUACUGUUGAGAUAUAAUCAUGGCUGGUCCAACCUAGGGUUUAUUUUGUUCUCCCCUUUGGCAACACUGACUGCUUUCAAUCAAAGGUCACGUCACCCUGCUGAAUUGCACUCUGGUCUAUGAGGGCUACUGUUUCGGAAACAUGGGCUCAUAAUUUCUGUGACUUCUACAAUAGAUUUUUCUCUGUACCAGUCCUGGAAUUUCCAGAAAAGGCUCCUUCUCACUUAUAUUUACAUAAAGCAUUUUCUGUCUACACUCCAGCUGAAUUGUGACUUUCUUGCCAUGAUGCCACUUUCUUUGUUUGGCCAAGAGGAAAAAGACAAAAAUUGACUCAGAAAUUUGAUUUUUUUUUUUUUUUUUUCUCAGCGUAUUGAAGGGUGUUUUUCCUUUAUCAAUAACCCUGAGAAACCAGCUGUCUGAUGGAAUGUAAGGAGAAAAUUUGACUUGGCUAUACCUAUCGGUCAUUAUUAUGAUCUAGUGAUAUCUGAAUACCAUAAUUUCAGUACUGGAGGGGAUGGAGGGUCAGAGGGUGUGGGCUUGCUGGGAAAGAUGGACAAAGUUAGAGAUGUUCAAUAAAGCCAUGAUCUCUCCUACAGCCCUGUUUCUCUCUAUGAGUUGAGAUGAUUGACACCAAAUGUAAUGAGGGGAUGUUUCACUGUUGUCCUGUCACUGCUUCACUGUUAGCUGCAAAAACAUUAAAACUUAUAUAUCAUUGA